AUGCGUCUCCACGCGGCUCAUAUUCUCCUGGCCGUUGCGCCAGCUAUCUAUGCUACUAAUCACCCUCGCGAGAAUUCACAAUCUAGCCCUCAAACCGGCUAUCAUAGUAUCGUAGGCCGAAGUCAGCUCAUCACUGACUCUAGUGGGGGCCCCGGCAAUAGUUCAUCACUAGACGCGACCCCGUCCAAUCCAUCACUUGGCUCAACUUCCAAUCUCUACAGCUCAUCAAGCCCGUCCAAUAUCUCACUUGGCUCAACUCCCAAUCUCUACAGCUCAUCUAGCCCUUCCAAUCUCUCACUUGGCUCAACUCCCGAUGUCUAUAGCUCAUCAAGCCCUUCGAACACAAGCGGAACCACCACUCCAAGUCUUAAGAAGACUUCAAAAGUUACCGCAGCUGUUUCCAAAAGUUGGGAGCAGAUGCUUGAGCAUGCUCUCAAUGCUACGCUGGCUACGCUUCCUGGUCUCGAAGGUGUUGCUGAUGAGAUUCAGAAAUUAGUUUCUGCCCAAAUGAACUCCUUGGAAAACCAAACUGCCAUUCCAGACUUGCAAAAUGCUGGAGACAGUAUCAAUAAAACUUCGGGCGUGUCAAUUGGCGGCUCUGCCAGUGCCAACGUUACUCAGAACGUCUCUGGUGAGGGUGAAAUGCAGGGACGAUAUGCCAAUGGAACUCGGUGCGAAGGCCUUUUUGUAGCAAUGAGAACGCUUGAAGAGAGCGUCAGCAAGGACGCCACUGAAAAGACCACGAAAUUGGUUGAAAAGAUCAAAGGCUGCAUUUCUUACUCUAUGUUGUCGGUCAUCAAGAUAGUCGCUACGCCUGAAGUGACCAAAUGUAAAGUUGCACCUGCACAAACAGUCUUUAGCUCUCGCAUCGAAUCCAAUAUGACCUUGAUUGCAGAAAUGAUUGCAGAGCUCAAACAAAACAACGACGGUGAUAGUUCGUUGACAGUCAACAACACUCUCAGUGCAAAUACUAGCUCUACGGUACAAGCAAACUUGACCAAGACAACUCGUAAACCAUGUAGAUCAAGUCGUCACCUUCAAGGAGGCAAGAGCGGUUUGUUAGGCACUUCAGCAAGAAAUGGUAAUUCGCUAUUAAAUGCAAGCGCAGGGGAAGCCCAAUACAUCUCACCAUUAAAUUCAACAGGGGAAGCCCAAUACAUCUCACCAUCAAAUUCAACAGGGGAAGCACAAUACUUCCAAAACCCGGGAAGCUUACCAUCAAAUUCAAGCACAGGGGAAGCACAAUACAUCCAAGGCACGGGAAGUUCGCCACCAAGUACAAGCACAGGUCAAGCGCAAUACAUCCAAGGCUCUGAUGGACCUUUACCUGUGCUACAGAAGAGGGAUGCAAAUACCAUGACAAGUGUUGGUCCUGCUUUGUAUAGGAGUGGUCCGACGGGUAGUGGUCCUAGCAACACGUCAAGUGUUGGUACUGCUUUGUAUAGGGGUGCUUCAACGGGUAGUGAUCCUAGCAGCACGACAAGUGUUGGUCCUGCUUUAUAUAGGAGUGCUCCGACGGGUAGUGAUCCUAGCAACAUUUCAAGCGUUGGUCCUGCUUUGUAUAGGAGUGGUCCGGCUGGUAAUGGUCAUAGCAGUGCUAAUGCCACGCUUUCGGGUGGAUACAAUUCGGCAUUCAAUGUUUCAUCGUGGAGCGACGAUGACGACGAGAACUGUGACCCUACCUUACCACCUCUCGACGAGGAGGAACCACCCAAGAAAGAUUCAACCCAUCAUAAGAAGAAGAAACAGGCCAUCAAAGAAGUCGAGAAAUGCUAUAAUGCAACCAUUCCUGCUGUGACUGGUGUGAUAAACUCUAACCCAAAGGAAGGAAUUUCUGGAAUACACUUGGGAAAAUCUUCCCAAUCCAAGAUCAAGGUCAAUGUGGCGUCCUAUGUAACCAUCAACUCACCUACAAUCUACAACUUCAUCACUCAGGUCAAUGGUGGUUCAGGUGCACGCACUGAUGAUGACGAUAUCACUCCUCCAAAGAACACCCCUUAUCCAGGUGCUCCAACCUCUCCAGGUGGAGGUGGUGCCAGCUAUCCCGGCGGAAGUUCUGGUGGCAGCAAUUAUCCUGGUGGAGGAUCAGGAAGUGGGGGCGACUAUCCAGGUGGAGGUUCCAGCUACCCUGGCGGAAGUUCUGGUGGUGGUGGUGGUGGUGGCACUUAUCCUGACGGAGGAUCAGGAAAUGGAGGUAAUUAUCCAGGUGGUGGUAGCAGCUACCCCGGCGGAAGUUCUGGUGGUAGCAGUUAUCCUGACGGAGGAUCAGGAGGAAACACAAGUGACAACGGAGCAAGCUAUCCUGGUGGAGGUAGCUGUGGAGGAAGCAUGGCUGGAAAUGAAGGUGGCUACCCAAGCUCAAGUGGAAACAUGACUGACACUGGGAGUGGCUACCCAAGCUCAGGAGGUUCCUCUCCAUGUAGUGGGCCCUCAAGUCCUUCUGGCAGUCCUUCUGGGUAUCCUUCUGGAGGUCCUUCUGGAGGUCUUGGACAAUUCUAG